CCCGCGAUAGCGCCGCCGCCACUCCCCGCGCCACCCCGUCGUUGGCCUCGGGGGUCGGGAUGCUGCGGCAGGUUCUGCACAGGGGCUUGAGGACGUGUUUCUCCCGGCUCGGCCACUUCAUUGCCAGUCACCCUGUCUUCUUCGCCUCGGCGCCGGUGCUCAUCUCCAUCCUGCUCGGCGCCAGCUUCAGCCGCUACCAGGUCGAGGAGAGCGUGGAGCACCUGCUGGCGCCCCAGCACAGCCUCGCCAAGAUCGAGCGCAACCUCGUCAACAGCCUCUUCCCGGUCAACCGCUCCAAGCACCGGCUCUACUCGGACCUGCAGACCCCUGGGCGCUACGGCCGGGUCAUCGUCACCUCCUUCCAGAAAGCCAACAUGCUGGACCAGCAUCACACCGACCUGAUCUUAAAGUUGCAUGCUGCUGUGACCAGGAUCCAGGUUCCAAGGCCUGGAUUUAAUUACACAUUUGCUCACAUAUGUAUCCUGAAUAACGAUAAGACUUGCAUCGUGGACGACAUAGUGCAUGUCCUGGAGGAGCUAAAGAAUGCUCGGGCCACCAACCGGACCAAUUUUGCUAUCACGUACCCGAUCACUCACUUAAAGGACGGGAGGGCAGUUUACAACGGGCACCAGCUUGGAGGCGUCACCGUGCACAGCAAGGACCGAGUGAAAUCCGCAGAAGCCGUCCAGCUCACCUACUACCUGCAGUCAAUCAACAGUCUCAACGACAUGGUGGCAGAGAGGUGGGAGUCCAGCUUCUGCGACACCGUCCGACUGUUCCAGAAAUCUAACAGCAAAGUCAAAAUGUACCCUUACACGUCCUCCUCACUGAGGGAAGAUUUCCAGAAGACCAGCCGCGUAUCAGAACGUUACCUGGUCACCAGCUUGAUCCUGGUGGUCACCAUGGCCAUCCUCUGCUGCUCUAUGCAGGACUGCGUCCGCAGCAAACCCUGGCUGGGCCUGCUCGGGCUGGUGACCAUAAGCCUGGCCACUCUCACUGCGGCCGGGAUCAUCAAUCUGACUGGUGGGAAAUACAAUUCCACCUUCCUGGGAGUCCCUUUCAUCAUGCUAGGUCAUGGAUUAUAUGGGACUUUUGAAAUGUUAUCCUCCUGGAGGAAAACUAGAGAAGACCAACACGUUAAAGAGAGAACUGCAGCAGUCUAUGCAGACUCAAUGCUCUCCUUUUCUCUCACCACUGCCAUGUACCUGGUCACCUUUGGCAUAGGAGCCAGCCCUUUCACAAACAUUGAGGCAGCCAGGAUUUUCUGCUGCAAUUCCUGUAUCGCAAUCUUCUUCAACUACCUCUAUGUACUCUCGUUUUAUGGUUCCAGCCUGGUAUUCACUGGCUACAUAGAAAACAAUUACCAGCAUAGUAUCUUCUGUAGGAAAGUCCCAAAGCCCGAGGCAUUGCAGGAGAAGCCCGCAUGGUACAGGUUUCUCCUGACGGCCAGGUUCAGCGAGGACACAACUGACGGCGAGGAGGCGAACACUUACGAGAGUCACCUAUUGGUAUGUUUCCUCAAACGCUAUUACUGUGACUGGAUAACCAACACCUAUGUCAAGCCUUUUGUAGUUCUCUUUUACCUUAUUUAUAUUUCCUUUGCCUUAAUGGGCUAUCUGCAGGUCAGUGAAGGGUCAGACCUUAGUAACAUCGUAGCAACGGCAACACAAACCAUUGAGUACACUACUGCCCAGCAAAAGUACUUUAGCAACUACAGUCCGGUGAUUGGGUUUUACAUAUACGAGUCUAUAGAAUACUGGAACACUAGUGUCCAAGAAGACGUGCUAGAAUACACCAAGGGGUUUGUGCGAAUAUCCUGGUUUGAGAGCUAUUUAAAUUACCUUCGGAAACUCAAUGUGACCACUGGCUUGCCUAAGAAAAAUUUCACAGACAUGUUGAGAAAUUCCUUCCUGAAAGCCCCCCAAUUUUCACAUUUUCAAGAGGACAUCAUCUUCUCUAAAAAGUACAAUGAUGAGGUUGAUGUAGUGGCCUCCAGAAUGUUUUUGGUGGCCAAGACCAUGGAAACGAACAGAGAAGAACUCUAUGAUCUCCUGGAGACCCUGAGGAGACUUUCUGUCACCUCCAAGGUGAAGUUCAUCGUCUUCAAUCCGUCCUUCGUGUACAUGGAUCGAUACGCCUCCUCUCUGGGAGCCCCCCUGCACAACUCCUGCAUCAGUGCUUUGUUCCUGCUCUUCUUCUCGGCAUUCCUGGUGGCAGACUCUCUGAUUAAUGUCUGGCUCACUCUAACGGUUGUGUCCGUGGAGUUUGGAGUUAUAGGUUUCAUGACAUUAUGGAAAGUAGAACUGGACUGCAUCUCUGUGCUAUGCUUAAUUUAUGGAAUUAACUACACAAUUGACAACUGUGCUCCACUAUUAUCCACCUUUGUUCUGGGCAAGGAUUUCACAAGAACGAAGUGGGUAAAAAAUGCCCUGGAAGUGCAUGGGGUAGCUAUUUUACAGAGUUACCUCUGCUAUCUUGUUGGUCUGAUUCCUCUUGCAGCUGUGCCUUCAAAUCUGACCUGUACACUGUUCAGGUGCUUGUUUUUAAUAGCAUUUGUCACCUUCUUUCACUGCUUUGCCAUUUUACCUGUGAUACUGACUUUCCUGCCACCCUCUAAGAAAAAAAGGAAAGAGAAGAAAAACCCUGAAAAUCGGGAGGAAAUUGAGUGUGUAGAAAUGGUGGAUAUCGAUAGUACCAGAGUGGUUGACCAAAUUACAACAGUGUGAUAGCGUCUGCUUGUUAUAUUUUCACCCUAGGUCUUAUCAAGAGCAAAGGGAUGAUGUUAAUGGAAACAAAUUGAAAGUUGUUCUUUGGUUUUUAAGAAUAAGAAAUAGGCAUUGCCAAAAAAAGUAAAGGACAAGGUGGGGAAAUGGGCAUUGCAUAUUUUCAAUCUUUAAAACAAAAGGUUGUCAUCAGAGAAAAUUUACACACACACACACACACACACACACACACACACCCUAGGAGACUCAUAGUCUCUUAAACUAAGAUCAAAUAAGCAAAAGCUUAUUAGCAAGCAGAAUCCUCUUUUAUUCACACUGCAGAUGUUGCUGGUAUCGUGACAAAAACCUUCUGAUUGAAAGGUCAGCUGCCAAGGCGGAAAUAGCUUUGAGCAUUGCUCAAACAAUAAAGCUUCCAGAACUUCUGCAGAGCGGUAGCUCCAAGCAGGGUCUGUGGUUUAAGGUCUAAGGUUUUUGCCAUCUCAUCUAGCUCCCCAACACCCCAAUGAGAUGUUUGUGAAAGUUCUGGCCACCAAAAGCAAGCCAGAACCUCAGAAACAGACACAUGGCGGGGUGGCCAUCACCCAUGGGCUGAAACUGAGUCGCCUCUAAACUCACCCAGGUGAGGCAGUUUUGUUGUCCAGAAUGAAUUUAUCAUACGCCCCACCCACCCCACCAUCAAUAUACUUUUAACACUGGUAUGGUUUGGUUAAUAUACCUUUAAACCAAUGACAGCUCCAGCAAUGCAGAGUUAAGCUGAGGAAGGAGAAAUGAACACUGACACGGUUAUCUGCCACAGCUUCCCACUUGCAGUGCCAGUCUGCCUUCGCUCAGGAGACGUGCUUGCUCAGAGAUACAGAGGAGAAAAGGCCUGAAACUUUGUAAGUCCUGAAACUGAGAACUUCAGGCAGACAUAAAGGGCUGAAAGUGAGAUAAAUGGAAAUGACUGGAAGAUGUAAUCACCACCAUAAAUCUAUCAACGAUGACAGUCAAGCUUUCCUGCUAACCUGGCUGCACUUUCAUCUUCCGGGUCCCCACGCCCCCCACCUUCGUUGGUACCCCUCUACUUCCUUGCACGGCCCUUCUGUACAUUAUCGAGCCUAGAUGUUUAUACUGCUGACUUGCAGUAUCUACAGGAUCUAAACAGAAAUGGUUUGAUCUGAAGAGGCUGUGUAUGUUGCCCCCGACCCCUGCAUUUCUUUAAGUCUAUAAAAAUGAAGCUAAAACCUGGUCACACUUGAGGUAAACGUCUACAGUAUUUUUCCCUUUUAGAGACGUAGCUUAUUUAGACAUCUGUAGUGGUAAGCAUUUCCCCAAAGCACCUUACCUUUCUGGACCUUAGCGGAUGUACUGUGCAACUUCCCCAUCCCCUGCAGAGGAGGAAACUGAGACCUAGGAGAAUAAAGUGACUCACCCAGGGUCACAACACCGGAGGGUUUCCAUCAUUUUCGCAUGCCUAAGACAGGGCAGGCCAAUUUUAGAUCUUCUCAUAAGAGGGCUACUACUCCCUUCAAAGUACAUUUCCAAGGAAGAAACAUAGGACUUAUUGGCCACAAGGCAGACUUUUCUUUAAUGUCUGGGUACUGUUUGGGAUUUAGGUUUACCAUUGUCUUUCCAGACAGCAAAAAUGCCCAAAUGAUUCAGAUGUAACUACACCAAGUGCAAACCUGUGCUUUCUAUUUCAUGUACUGUUGUUCACCCAGUUCUAAAUAUAUGUGCAGGGGAUCAUAGCUAGUGCAUUACACACUUGUUCAAUCUCUCCUGCAAACACACUAAGUGAUCAUACCAAUGUGUUAUGCACUCUACUAGAGAUAAUGAGCUUUAAUCUAAAGACAAAUGCACUCCUCGAAAAAGGGCAAGUUCGCAUAAUAGAUCUGCGAUCAAUUCUCUCUCCAAGGGACCUGCAACUAGGCUAUCAUUGAUAAAACACAGCUAAAGAGGGGAUUGGUUUUAUUCUUAAAUCAUAUGUUGCUAAAUCAUUUUCUGAAGAGCGUGUUCUAAAUCAGCCAUUGAUUUAGUGCCGGCCACGUGGAGCACCUUGGGUUACAGUGACUCCACAAAACUGAUACAACACACACCAAUUAAGCGGAUUUUGUUGAGAAUCUAACCAUUCAAUUUGGUCAACCAGAAUGACUUACUGUGGAACUUUAUUUUAUGACAGAUAGUAGUUUUCCCUCUUGAUUGGGUCUCUGUACACCUUGGGAUAUUGUAUUUUUAAAUGAAGGGCAUUUUCAAACUUGUCAACUUCUCUUUUCAGCACUUGAAAUCAAAGCUUAUGGAAUUCUGACUGCGGAAUGAGUGAAUUAUUUUGGGGGGAGUCUGCAUGCCAAGACUGACUACUUAUUAUUUAUUGUUAGAUCAUUAUUAUUUGUUAAUAUUCAUUAUUAAUAAUUGCUCUGAUAGCAUUGGUUUAGCCCCACCAUGGAGAAGACAUUUUAAAAAUAGCUCAGAAUCACAUCCCCCCAAAAUUUAAGUCUUUACUUCAUGAAGUUUUACUUUUUCAAUUGCUAUAAAGAGGGAAGGAACGAUCCUAGCAAACA